AUGGAAACCGAUGCCGCGGCCAGCAUAAUGGAGUGGUCGGACCAGCAGACGGAGGCGGAUGCGUGGUUGGACCGGGAACUCGCUCGCCUGGUGACCAGUUCUUCGACCGGAGGCGGCGACGAGUCUGCCGGCGCCGCCUUGCCCCACCAGCAGGCCGUGCAUUGUCCGGGCGGCCAGCAGCAGCCACAUGACGAUCAACAGGCGGCGUACAACGACAGGCUCCGAGAGAUGGGGUGGGCCGAGGAGGCGGUGGCGGUGGCGGCGCCUACCCUGGCCGGGCAGCAGCUGCAUGACAACGAGCAGCCGGAGCCGGUGGCCAACGGCUUGUUCCAAGGGGUGGCAUGGCCCCUGCAGGCGGCGCGUUCGCCGCCGGGGCAGCAGCAGCUACCGUAUCAGCAGGAGCAGGCGGCGCGCUUGCCGGCCGGGCAGCAGUUACAGUACCAGCAGGAGCAGUUUGCAGUGCAUCUGCCGGCCAGGCAGCAGCCACCUUACUAUGAGCAGGAGGUUUAUUUUCCGGCCGAUCAGCUGCCACGUUACCAGGAGCAGGCGGUGCAUUUGCCGGCCGGGCAGCAGCUACCUUACCAGCAGCACGGUGUUUAUUUUCCGGCCGACCAGCAGCCACGUUAUUACCUGGAGCAGGCGGUGCCACUGCCGGCUGGGCAGCAUCAGCUGCAUUACCAGGAGCAAGAUUUGCCGGCUGGACAGCAGCAACAUUACAAGGAGCAGGAUUUGCCGGCCGGGCAGCAGCUGCAUUACCAGCAGCAGGCGGUGCAUUUGCCGGCAGUGCAGCAACCAAUGUACUAUUGCCAGGAGCAGCUGAUGGCCAAUAAUGGCGGGUUCCAAGGGGCGCCGCCGCCGACAUUGGCGGCCGAUCUUCCCAGUGACACUCUCAUGGAUCCCUGA